AUGUUAGAAAAAAAGUUUGCUGACAUUGACAAAAAAUUUGAGAAUGUUUUAAAUAAGAACAAGAGGAAGUUGGAAAAUGCUCAGAUAAAACCCAUACAUGACAAGUUCUUAUUUGCUCAGAAUGGUAUAACAGGUCUAAUUGCACCACCUGGGUCGGGUAAGACUUUCACUUAUCUUAAAAUGGCUGCACAACAACAAGAACUAGAUGAGAAGAACCCAUUCUAUGAGUUAGUUGUCAUUUGUAGUACUUCGGGUCAAUUUGACCAAACCGUCAAUUCGUUCAAAGAUAUUAUAAAGAAGUCUAAGUUAGUAUGUAUAAAAGACUCUGAGUUGUUAGAUUGGAUAAAGAAGUACCAAAGAAGAGUUUUGAAGUAUAAUGCUAUAAAUGAGUAUAUAAAUUCUAAGUUUAAAGACCCAAAUGAGGAAAUGCAGAGAAUAUUAGAGAAGAAACACUUCAGAAACAAACAGAAAGAGAUAGAAUACAUUUCGAAGAAAUUGCAAUCUUACGAUUGGAAAACGUACCCUCAUAGAUGUCUUCUUAUCUUAGAUGACUUUGCUUCUCAUCCUUUGUUAAAGAAUAGAGAACAAGACAU